UCCCCCUCCGCAAAGCGAACCCAAAAUGGCGGCGGGAGCGGCGGCGGCAGAGCGGCGGCGGCGGCGGCGGCGGCUGCUCGGGAGGGAGGGCGGGCGCGAGCGAAGGGCGCCUCGUGCCCCCCCCACCUCCCCUCCCAGGCCCUCCCCGCGCCCCCCCCCGCCCCCUCCCGCCCCCGACUCGGGCGGCGGAGCGCGCACGCCCGCCCGCACGCGCCGGACGGGCUCCGGGCUCGUCGCUCGCUCUCCCACCAACCCCCGCCUUCGGCCGCCUGGCGCGCCCGCCGGCCCGUCCGCGCUCGCUCGGGGGCGCCCGCUCGCACGGCCCCCCGCUCCCCCGCGGCCCCUGUCAGGACGGUCGGGCGCGGGCCCUCACGCGUACCUUCGGCGGCGCGAGCCCCGGCCUCCUCCUCCACCGCCUCUUCUUUCCUCCCCCCCCCUUCCCCGCCCCCACGGCCACCAACCGCCGCCACGGCCGCCGCCGCCGCCGCCUCCUCCGCCCCCCCACAUGCCCUCCGCCCCUCGCGCGUGCGCCUCCCACAAUCCCCCCCGCCGGACCGUUCCAUUCGCGCCGCCGCGGGCGCGGGGCGGGGGGGGGGCGGGCGGCGCGGCGGCGGGGCUGCCGGGAGGGCCGCGAUCACCCGAGGGGCGGGCAGAGGCCCGGGACGACUCACCUCCCCGGCCGCCGCGCCGCGCCGCCCAGGCUCGCCUCCGCCGGCCGCCGACGGGCCCCGGUGGGCGCGUCCGGGGCGGCCCAGCUCCCCUCCGCCGGCAGGCGGUUGGAGGCCGCGGCGGCUGCGCGGUGAGCCGCUUCCUGCCGGACGGCCCGAGCUCGCCGGUCGGCUGCGGGAGGCGCGGAGCGUGCGGUUCGGCGUCGGCGGAGGCCUGGUGCGCCCCUCGGGCGGGAAGGAGCCGGUGCCGGGGCUUGAGCGCCCGCGAGAUCGCAGCGGCGAUGCUGACCAGGACGUCAAGGCUCAUCUCCGGGGCCUGGCGGUUGGACCCUGGACGACUUUUGCACGCGGGGUCCCAGGCCCCCCAAAGCCUUGCCACUCACCUGGACAACCAGGCCCCAGAUGAUAGUCCCAGAGCAGUUUCCCGCACCAGUGAGAAGGACCCGGCCAGGCAUGGGGAGCAACAUGAAGGUCUCCACUACAACAUCCCCCUCCAGGACAUGAGGACCCUGUUCCCCCACAGCCUGCCUCCUCGCUUUUCCACGCAGGUGAAAACAUUCACUGAAGCGUGUCUGAUGGUAAGGAAGCCAGCCCUGGAGCUUCUGCAUUACCUGAAAAACACCAAUUUUGCCCACCCUGCUGUGCGGUAUGUUCUCUAUGGGGAGAAAGGGACAGGAAAAACCCUCAGUCUUUGCCAUGUUAUUCAUUUCUGUGCAAAGCAGGACUGGCUGAUCCUGCACGUUCCGGAUGCUCAUCUCUGGGUGAAGAGCUGCCGGGGUCUUCUGCCCUCCACCUACAACAAGCAGCGUUUGGACCAACCUGCAGAAGCUUCCAUCUGGCUGAAGAAUUUCAAAACUACAAAUGAGCGUUUCUUGAGUCAGAUAAAAGUUCAAGAGAAGUAUGUCUGGAACAAGCGAGAGAGCACGGAGAAAGGCAGCCCUCUGGGAGAGGUGGUGGAACAGGGCAUCACGAGGGUGAAGAACGCCACGGACGCAGUCGGGGUUGUUCUCAGAGAGCUCAAGGCUCAGAGUUCUUUGGGCGGGUUUCGCCUCCUGGUGGCAGUGGAUGGAGUCAAUGCUCUCUGGGGAAAGACCACACUGAAAAGAGAAGAUAAAAGCCUGGUGGCCCCCGAGGAGCUUGCGCUCGUGCACAACCUGAGGAAAAUGGUGAAAAACGACUGGCAUGGAGGCACCAUUGUGUUGUCUCUGAGCCAGACUGGAUCCCUCUUCAAGCCGCGGAAGGCCUAUCUGCCUCAGGAGCUGCUGGGAAAGGAGGGAUUUGAUGCCUUGGAUCCCUUUAUUCCCAUCCUGGUUUCCAACUACAGCCCGAAGGAGUUUGAAAGUUGUAUUCAGUAUUAUCUGGAGAACAGUUGGCUUCAACAUGAGAAAGCUCACACAGAAGAAGGGAAAAAGGAGCUUCUGUUCCUGAGUAACGCAAACCCUGGACAGCUGGAGCGGCUGUGCGCCCACCUUUGAGCCACGGUCACGACGUUCCGGACACGGUGUGGAGUAAGGAGGGAGCGCAGGGAGAGUGGUUCUGUCUACGCAGCCACCUUCAGGGGACCGGAGGAAACGGUGACUCAGAUCAGCCUCGGCACAGAAUUGUCUGCCCCUGCCCACACCGGUGGUGUCAGAAGUUUGAGUCCCGGGUGCCACUUACUGGCGGUCUUAGGGCCUCGCAGCCGAUCUGCUUCUCCAGUGUCCCCUGACCUCUGCUUCACCUGGUCUGAGGGCAAGAACGCCCCGCCGUCAGGGGACCGUGAGGACUGAACCACACGGCAUGUGGACGGGGCCUCACACAUGGCAGGCUGCUACCGUUUGGGACUUGGAUUUGAGGGAGACAGUCUCCCCCUGGAGAGCCGGCUUCCCCUGCCUGACCCUCCUCCUCGAGGAUUCCGUCAGAAGCAGAGCCUCACCCGACCCAGCCUCGGUCAGCGCAGCCAGACUCUGAGGCGAGUGCCCAACAGGCCUGCGGGGUCAGCCGCCACCACCGGAAGGCUCUAAGCCCUGUGACAAACCCCUUUAGUGUGGUUCUGCCCUCUGAACCCUGACACCCUCCCCCACUGGGGACAGUCACGGCCAGGUUUAUCUAACCCUGAGCUCAAAGCCCUCGGCCUCUCCAUCCACUCCAUCACUUCCCGCUCCAGCCCCUCUCGUCCUUUGUGCCGGCCUGCUCUCCACCCCCACCCCUGCCUCCUCUCUCCCAAUGCUUCCGAGGCCCUAGUGAGCUGUGCUGCGGCCCGGGUCACCCAGGGGCCUCAGUCCACCUGUUCCUGUUGUUGCCCUGUGUGCGUUACAGUUCAAGCCACAAAAGUAGAUCUCAUGGAAACCA